UUUCACCAAAUGCCAUUUUAUCAAGUAGCAAAAGAACUUUCAGCCGUUUCAGGGCCCAACAGAGAGAGAGAGAGAGCAAAGAAUCACGAGGGCAGGCGAACUUCUCUGAUCGCCAUGGACCUUCCGUCCUUCAAUCACCACCAUCACCACCACCACCAUCACCAUCCCAGGUACGUUCCCAUGAACCCUCCUAUUCCUCCACCACCGGGCCCCCCUCCCGCCCUCGCCGGCGAUCCUCCUAUCUACGCGCCCCCCCACGUUCACAUUCAUCCGCCGCCGCCGCAGCAAUUCCCACCACCGCUACCUCCGCCGCCUCCCCUGCAACCAUCCUUUCGUCACCUACCCCCUCCCCUCCCCCCAUCUCCUUACGACUCCUUCCAAACUCAAUUCACUUUUCUCAAUCCUGGCCGCCCUAUCGACGACGACUCCACACCACACCACCACCACCACCAUCAUCCUGAUUUCGCCCACUCUUCUAAGAGAUCCCUUUUCGACGAUGAUCGUCGGUUUCGCGUUCCUGAAUUUGGGACCGAUUUGCGGAACCGUUCUAGGGUAAUGGUUCCGCCUGAUGAUCGGCUAUUUGAAGAUCCUGAACCCCAUUUCCGUCCCUUUAACCACGGCUCCAUGUCGUCGUAUCGGACAAUUGAUAGCUUUAGGCAUGAGUCUGAGCCUGCUUUUAGGUUUAGAGUGAAUCACGACGACAGGUUUGAUCAGAAUCAAAGGGAAGAGGUUGUAUGGGGUCGUAGCGAUAGUCGUGGCGAUGACCAUGGUCGAAGGGGUCAAUUUAUAUUGAAUUCCAAUGGAGCUUCAACUGAUUUUGAAUUUGAUAAUUUUAAUUCUGCUUCACUGUUGAUGGAUUAUGCUGAUAAUUUGGGAAAUUAUGACUCUCGAUAUGGUUUAGGAUCAGAGAGUGAAUUGUUUAGGAAUGAUCGAGGUGAUGGGGUGAGUGAGAGACAGAGGUGGGGUCAUACUCAUGUUCGGCAUGAUUUUGAGUUGGGGAAUAAGCAGAAUGGUGACGGUGAUGAUGAUGGUGAUGGUUUUUGGGUUGCUUCUGGGAAACGGAUGGCUCGUACUCUAGAAUCGGGAAAGUAUAAUAGUAGGGGUGAUAGGGAGGGCGGUGGAGAAUUUGAUCGCACUCCCAGGAAGAAAUCGCAGAAGAAGAGUGUUCUACUCAGGCUUCAAAAACCUACUGCUAGGAAUAGAAAUGGUGAACACUCUGCGGCUUAUUUUGAUGACUCUCAACCCAGUUCCUUCAGAGGUAAAGAUACCCUCAUGUACUCAGAUCAUAGAGUGGAAGAAGAGAGAGUGGGAAGCCCUGUAGAGCUUGAUGUUUCUUUCAGAUCAAACGUGCUAGUGGCUAAGCCAAUUGCAGCAUCUUUAAACCCUACAGUUGUUUCUGCUAGAACUUUGAACCCUAGGAAUAGGAAGUUUAGGAAAGUCACAGAGCCCAACAGGGAUUCUUCAAAUUUGCAGCUAACUAUACUGAAUGAGAGUCCUGCAAAUUCAGAUAGCCUUACCCAUGCUGAUCAUCAAUCUUGUUCUAACAAUGGCCUGGAACAAUCAGAGGACAAAGUCGAAGUUUCUGGCAAUGAAACUGCUUGUGACUGUGGUCCACAGUCUGGUUCCAGUAGGAUGAAUGCUUCUGUUGCAAAGAGUGCGGUAAAAGGAUCUGAAAAGGAUGCAGUUUCAGAUGUGGGUGGUCCCAUUGUUGGUUCUGAUGGAACCUCUUCAGCGAGGAUUAGAAAGAAGAAGAAAGUUAUGACCCCUCUUUUAUGCUUGUCAAAAUCAGAGCAAACAGAGAAGCAUGAUGAAUCUGUAAAUGCUGAUGGCUCUGCCAAUAGUCCCUCUGCAGCAUCUGGGUUUGACAAGGGUGUAAUGCACUCAAAAGAGACUAAUGCUUCUGUUCGCAUGGUCAACAAGUGUGAAGUUGUUCUUAAUGAUAACAAAGUGGAUGAUAAGAAAGGCAGCACUGAUGCUGAUCCUUUUAGGUCAUGUGCACGCAAGAUUAACAGGAAAAGGAGCAAAGCUGCUUCUCCUAGCAGUGUGUCAGAUCCUGAGAAAACCAAAACUAAUGAGGGUUCUGUAAAUGCAGAUAUACCCACCCAUCUAUUGCAUACAUUUUCAAACUUUGACAAGGGUUCAGUGAGUGUGAAUGACGGCACUACUUGUUUUGACAUUGGAAGUAUGGAUGAGAUUAGCGAGCUAUCUUUUCAAAAUGGUACAACUACACACCCUGAAAAUGGUAAUGUAAAAGGAUUUCUGGAGACUCUGCCAUCAGUAGAUGGCAAUGUUAAUGCUUCUUUGUUAAGUGCAGAGGAAUUUAAAAUUCAUGACAGUACUGCAGAUACAUAUAGCUCUGGCCUUGGGAUGAAGACCAUCAUGAGUUCUGACUAUGAUUUAGUUAGCACAGUGGAUGCCUGUAGCAAGCACUCCUGUUCAAAUGACUUUGGCAUAUUGCUUGAGAAUGGCAUUAUGGAAGAAUCUCAAAAGGAUGCUUAUUCAGAAGGUGGCAAUGCUACUUUAGGUUUGUCUAAUUUUGAUGAAAUGAGAACUUCUGGGGAUUUUUUGAGUAUAGAUAACCAUAAUCAUUCAGGUUCCGAAAAUGGCAGUAGUCAUCCUCAGCAGAAACAUACUUCAUGCAAUGUUAGUACUGUGGAUGAUACUAGCAAGCUGCUGUGCCUGGAUGGGGUUAUUGCCUUGCCUGUGAAGAAUGUUAUAGAAGUAUCUGCAGGUAGUGGAGUUUCAGCAGGGACUAAUCUUGAUAUUGGUCACGAUGAGGAGCAUAUACCUAAGACUGAGAGAGAGAGAAAAGUAGGAACUCCUCGAUCAAAUUUAUCAAGUUCAAGGACAAGCAAUACAUGUGUAGGGCCUGUAAAUGUAGUUACUCCUUCUGUUGGUGUGGAUACUGCGUCAGCUUGUUUGGAUCAAAAUUCUAAUCUUGUAGAACAGGACGUUACAGCUUCUGGUUUUGGGUGUUUGGAUGUUGUCUCUCAGCCUUGCGCAGAUGGGGCUGCCACUUUGCAUGGAAACAAUUCAAUUAAAGGGUUUAAUGGGGUGAAGGUUUCUAUGAGAGACGGUGCUAAUGUUGUUUCAAAUGGGACUUCACCUAAGUAUAAAAAGAAGAGAAAAUUUCAUUCCCCUCGUGAUGAUUUUAGUCCAACUGUGCCUGUCAUCAGUCGAAGACCUGAAAACGCAGGUACCCUUACAUAUGCUGAAGCUGUGCCUUCAAAUUUUAAUGGGGGUCUAACCAAACCAGAAGAGAAAGUUGCUUUGUCUGCUAUGGGGACACUGUCUACUGCUUGUCUGCUGCCUUGCCCUGAGGGGAUUACUGUUUCACCUGAAAAUUGUCUCACAGAAAGAUCUUCUGGGGUCAUGGGCUUUGCAAGAGAUGGCUUUAAUCUUGACUGUUCUACACUUGAAGGCCCCAGUACUGGUUCGUGUUCAAUUCAGGAGUCAACUACCCAAAAUUUGCAGUUUCUUUGUUUGUCUGGAUUUGAAAGUGGGCAGAAGGAAAAUGCUACACCAGUGACAGCCACAAAUAUCCACCAAAAUGAUAUUAUGGAUAUGGAUGGUAUGUUUGAUCAGAGCAGAAUUUCUUCAGAACUUCAGAAUUCAGCUUUAGACCAGAGACUGCCCAGCACAAAUAUGGAUUGUGACAGUAGUCUUCUCUUGAAGGAUGAUUUGCCUUCUGCAUGUAGCUAUUUUUCUUUAUGUGCUGAAGGUGAUGCAGCCUCAACUCCUGAUCGUGGUUAUGAACUUGGUUCUUCACCCAAUGCAAUAUCUAAUACAGGGUCUGUCCAUGAAGAUGAACUUCUUGGUCAAACUUCUGCUGAAGAGGUUUGUGGGAGUGACAAUAAAUUAGAUGAGAGCCCUAUACUUGAAGUUGAUUCUACAAUGAUUACCCAAAAUUCAUUGUCACAAGAUAUUAAAAUUGAUUCAAACUUUGUUCAUGCGACAGAAAAUGAUGACUUAAUUCAAGGGGAGAGUGUACCAUCGCAUUCACAGGAUACCAAAAAAACAGCAGUGAGUUUGAAUUCUAUGACUGGAGAGUCCAAUGGGCAUAGGAACCAGCUGAGUUAUGCAGUUCCUAGGGUAUUAACAGGUCGUUCAACUUUUGUCUUGACCAAUUCCAAGAAGGCAGUCUCUUCGAGCAGUAUGGCUAAUUCCCGUACAUGGCAUCGAACCACCAAUCAUUUAGUUCCACCUUUGCCUGGGAAGAAGUCUUUCUCAAGCUCUAUUCCUUUACAAAAGCAGUUGCCUAAAAAAAGUGGAAAGAGUGAAAGUACUUACAUUCGUAAAGGAAACAGUCUUGUAAGAAAACCUGCUUCAGUUCCUGCUUUUCCACGUAGUGCUCAUGGUUUGAGUACCUCUGUUUAUCAGAUGAAUCCUACUAAUAUGGAUGAAAUGAAGAAGAGCAUGGGGUCUGAAAGUAGGGUUAGCAUUAUGGGCACGUCCAAGUGCUUGAGAAUGGAUGGAGCAAAUGCUUCUUUUGAGAGGCCUAAAACACCCCCAUUACAGCAUGGCAACAGAUUGUCAAACUGCACUACCAUUCCUUCAGGAGAUUGUACAGCUUCCAUGCUGGAAAAUCCUCAUUCAAAUGAUGGUUCUGAAAAUAAGUCAGACCUUUCAAAGCUUACAGAAAGUAAGCAUGCACCAAAGUAUUCGGAGGAUGCACCAAAGUCUUCAACUGCUGAAAAUUCAUUAGUUUCAAUCAACAGUGUGGAAAGCGCAAAUGAUGGUGCCAUAAAUGAUGCGAAUUUGAUGUCUUCAAAAAAUAAGAAGAUAAUAUAUGUAAAGCGCAAAUCAAAUCAGUUGGUUGCAGCAUCAAAUCUUUGUGAUCCAUCUAUUCACAGUGCAGAUAAGACCCCAACCUUAUUCUCAGAUGGCUACUAUAAAAGGAACAAUAAUCAGCUCGUUAGAACAUCAAUGGAAAAUCAAAACAGGAAAAAAGUUGCUGUCUCUGGUGACAGCUCGAACUCAGAGGGACAGAUGGCUCCAAAGGUUAUUUCCAGCAGAAAUUCUGAUAGGAAGCGGUCUGAUAAAGGUAUAGUAAAGAAAUGUAAACCUUCAAAACUUUCGUUAGUGUGGACUUUAAGUGGUACGCAGUCAUUCAAGAAGGAUGGUUAUUCAUUGCAACGUGAAAAGGUGUUGCCGCACCUGUUUCCAUGGAAAAGAGCAACAUUCUUGAGAAGUUUCAUUCGUAAUCCAUCUUCAAAUAAUCGUUCCUUAUCUAUGAUCAGUAAUAAAUUGCUGUUUUUGAGAAAGAGGGAUACAGUUUACACAAGGUCGCCACGUGGAUUUUCUCUUCGAAAAUCGAAGGUAUUGAGUAUUGGUGGGUCUAGUCUAAAAUGGUCAAAAUCCAUUGAAAGGCGCUCAAAAAAAGCUAAUGAGGAAGCUACACUUGCAGUUGUGGAGGUGGAGAGGAAGAAAAGAGAACAGAAUGUCUCUGCUUGUGUUGUAUCUCAGACAAGGAGUAGAAAUCACUCUUCCCGAGCACGUAUAUUUCGUAUCGGUUCAGUUCGCUAUAAGAUGGAUUCUUCGGGACGGACACUUCAGAGGAUUUCAGAUGAGGAAUCAUCAUACCCUACUGCCAUCCAACCAGAAAAUGAUGUCAAGAAAUCCUAUGUUCCAAGGAGAUUAUUGAUUGGCAAUGAAGAAUAUGUUCGAAUUGGCAAUGGUAACCAGCUUAUUAGGGAUCCUAAGAAAAGGACUCGCAUCUUGGCAAGUGAGAAAGUUCGGUGGAGUUUGCAUACUGCCAGACUGCGUUUAGCUAGAAAAUGGAAGUACUGUCAAUUUUAUACAAGAUUUGGCAAAUGCAACAAGGAUAAUGGGAAAUGUCCAUAUAUUCAUGAUCCCUCUAAAAUUGCUGUUUGCACAAAAUUUCUCAAUGGUUUAUGUUCCAAUCGCAGUUGCAAAUUGACUCAUAAGGUCAUUCCAGAAAGGAUGCCGGAUUGUUCUUAUUUUUUGCAGGGAUUGUGCUCCAAUGAAAAUUGUCCAUAUAGACAUGUAAAUGUUAAUCCAAAUGCCUCUAUAUGUGAAAGUUUUCUAAGGGGCUAUUGUGCUGACGGUGAUGAGUGUCGGAAGAAGCACACCUAUGUUUGCCCCAAUUUUGAAGCAACAGGAGUCUGCUCUCAAGGGUCCAAAUGCAAGCUUCACCAUCCCAAAAACAGAAGCAGGGGAAAGAAAAGAAAACGAUCAAUAGAGCAAACUAAUGCUCGGGGGCGUUACUUUGGUUCCAUUAACCCCAAUAUUGCUGAGACUGCAGUGGCAGUGUCUGAAAAGCACACUGCACAUAAUAAUGAGAUUUUCUUAGAGGAUGGAAGAUUGGCUGAUUAUAUCAGCCUUGAUGUAAGUGAUGAUGAAGCUAGAGAAACUGAAGGUCCAAUGAGUGAGCAAACAGCAAUGUGUGAUGAUGAACCCUCAGAUGCACAGUUGGAUAAUCUGGAUCAGCUUAUCAAACCCAUCCGUAUAAUGUAUCAACAAUCUAAGGACAACCAUCUCCGGUAAUUGGUGUCCCAAAGAGGGACUGUUGCAGGCUGUCUUGGGAGUGAUCAAGUCUGUUGUAAAUGAGGUAUUGCAUUUAGGUGUCCACCUAGGUAGUUUCUGCUAAUGGCAGAAUUGAUUUGUUCAGUGAG